CCGACGAUCAACGACCUUCUACCAGAACGGUUAAAAUGACAGAGUUUUGAAAAAAUGCGUAAUAUGAAGGACAGAAACGUUGAUUACUCCUUUCUUGCUUUUAUUCAGUUUUCAUAUUGGAAAGAUAAAAUACAUCGUUACAGAUUUGAGUAACUUUUAAUAAGAAAUUGCCAAAACAUACACACCUGUCAUUUUUACUGUGCCUCGCAAAUCCAAUUUUUUCUUUUUCUAAGCUUCACCCACGAGUAAUAUCUCUCUUUCUUUCACAGGUGACCCACCUCCCAAGCACAAAAAAUGAGGCAGUUUGCGCGCCACUGUGUGUGUCUGGCCCUGCUGUUGGCAACAGCCGCGGCGAGAUCCGCCGAGACGAACCCCGCGUCCAACUCCAUCGACGAGCAGCAACAACAAACCGCGAGGUCGAGCAACAACGGUGUGUUUGGCGACCUGCGCUACGUCUAUCAGGUGUACAAGGAGUGCUCCGGCGCGGAACUAAGCCCUUGUCUGAAGCUGAAGCUCGUCUCGGCCAUGGACAGGAUCUCCCGCAGCACGCAGUUGAAUCUGGCCGAAGGUGUCACUCUGGUGCAAGACGAGCCGGCCACUAACGAGUCUGAGCUGGAGAAGACUCCGCAGGAAAUCGAAGCCGGUUUGCCACGCGCGUUAGACGACAAGGAAGACGCUCUCAACGGUAUGAUCUUCGACAGGAUCGUCAAGUUCUUCCAGAGCCAUACGCUGAAGCUGAAGUUGCCGAACGUCGAGGAGCUUCAACGCAGUUUCACGGAAGAAGGUCGUAAGAAAAAGAACAAGAUGGGCGGCCUCUUGGCCAUUCCUCUGUUAAUUGGCGGUACAUUAGUACCGCUGGCGCUCGGCGCUCUUGCGUUGUUGGCCGGCAAAGCGCUGAUAGUGAGCAAGCUCGCUUUGGUGCUUGCCUCCAUCAUCGGACUGAAGAAGCUGGUGUCGGGCGGCCACGACCACGGCCACGAGGUCGUCCAAGUCGGAGGAGGACACGGCUCGAGCGGAUGGGCGAGAUCGGGACACGAGCUGGCCUACUCCGCGUACAAACCACCGUCAACCUAGGAAAACGAAAAUUUGCGGACGUCAUCGUGGCAUCACCUUGGUCUCAUCGCUCUUCCCUUUCUCGCGGAGAGUUCUCUUUUCACCCUCUCGCGCUCUCUCGCUCUCUCCUCUCGUCUAACUCUUAUUUAUUCUCAUCUCGUGAAUAAUUUCCUUCUCUCUCCCUAACUCUUUCCUCUCACUCCUUCUCUUCCUCUCCCUUUCUCUCUCUCUCUCUCUCUCUGUGUCUGUCUCUCUCUUUCUCUCUCCAGCUGAAUCCACGUCCAGAUCAUAUCGCACGCACGAGAGACUCGCCCGUGUCCACGGAUCGCUCCCGUUAUUUAUUGUUUCCACGCGUAGCCGCGACGCGCUCGCCGCCACGCACGACAUGUAUAUUUAAUUUAUAAAUACGUAAAUAAAUUAAGACAGAGUUACACAUCGUA